AAAAGAAUAUUAAAAAAAAACAACAACAAUACUUGUGCGUUAUCGGAAAGAGUUUUUAAAAUGUCGUUAAAUUCCACGCGAAUUUUUUAUAAACGUGACACUAACACUUUAUUUUCAGUUCAAAGACUUCGUGCUCGUCACCGUCCGACUUUCAUCCUUUCAGAAUACAAUGUGAAUAUAUUUCUAAAUAAAUUAUCGGAUACGUUUCGUGAUAAAGAAAUCACAACACGGGGGUCGUCUCUUUCUUUUUUUUCAACUUUUAGGCGUAGAAAGACACGUCGAGUUGGUCGAAAUGAUUCAGACUAUGACCGGAAGUCGCCUUCAAAAUAAUGGCUGAAGGUUCGUCACAGAGUUUUGCGAUUUUUUUUUCUUCUUCGGGGUUUGUAGCGAUGCUAACUGUAUGUUUAAUACGAUGUGAUUUUGUAUAGGUAAGCUACAUAGCAUAAAAAAGUGCGUUGUAUUCAAAUCUGCAUAAUACCGUUUGUAAUCCUACGUCAAGAUUUUAUAGUAAAUACUGAACCGUUCAGAUAAAACUCCGGUUGUGAUGUUUGUUUUAACGUGUGAAGAUACAUUAAGGACUGGGGCUUUAUUAUUAUUAUUUUUAUUCGGCGGUUUGGUUUAGCUUUUAGCAUUUAGCUACAUGCUGCUAACCAGCGGUUCUCACAGAUUUUGGCCAAAUAUUACAUUAUAUUCCCGAAAUAUUCGUCUCCUCUAAGGUUUAAAACCUCCCCGUGAAUCACCAGAUAUUUGUGUACUGUAGUUUGAGAACUUUUUAAGGUUUUGUUGUAUUUUUUUCGGCGGCGCUUUUACUUUGAAAAGCGACGGCGGGAAACAGACUUCAGAUGAUGUCCGCUUUGACUGGCUGACUGAGAGAGAGACAGAGAGAGAGACCACCGCUACGGCGGAGACGUGAGGGAGAAAGAGAGGAGGAGGAGGCGGAGGUGGAGGAGGAGUUUGCCCCAGCUGCAUCUGGCCCCGCUCCCCUCUGUCACCCUGGACCAAACCCGCCCAUCUCCUCUCACACACACUCACUCACUCACAGAGAGAGAACACACGGAAUGGAGACAGAAGGCAGCCAGAGCAGCCUGCCCACGGCAGACUCACCCCACGACCCCUGCAAGAUGUUCAUUGGAGGACUCAGCUGGCAGACGACACAAGAGGGGCUGAAGGAGUACUUCUGUAAGUAUGGCGAGGUGAAGGAGUGUAUGGUGAUGAGAGAUCCGGUUACCAAACGCUCAAGAGGGUUCGGAUUUGUCACCUUUGUUGACCAGGCCGGCGUGGACAAAGUUUUGGCCCAAACCAGGCACGAGUUGGACUCCAAAACAAUCGAUCCCAAGGUCGCAUUCCCACGUCGAGCUCAGCCCAAGUUGGUGACUCGAACCAAGAAGAUCUUUGUGGGGGGUCUGUCGGUGAACACCACCAUCGAGGAUGUCAAGCAGUACUUCGACCAGUUUGGAAAGGUGGACGACGCCAUGCUCAUGUUCGACAAGACCACCAACAGACACAGAGGCUUCGGCUUCGUAACGUUCGAGAACGAAGACGUGGUGGAGAAGGUCUGUGAGAUUCACUUCCACGAAAUCAACAGCAAAAUGGUAGAGUGCAAAAAGGCUCAGCCCAAGGAGGUGAUGUCCCCAACAGGCUCAGCCAGGGGGCGCUCUCGCGUGAUGCCCUAUGGGAUGGAUGCCUUCAUGCUGGGCAUCGGUAUGCUGGGUUAUCCCAGCUUCCAGACGGCGACCUACACCAGUCGAAGCUACGCUGGUAUCACCCCUGGAUACACCUACCAGUUCCCCGAGUUCCACUUAGAGAGGACCCCCCUCCUGACUUCACCCCACCCCCCUGAGCUCACAGCCAUUCCUCUCACAGCGUACGGACCAAUGGCAGCAGCAGCGGCAGCAGCAGUUGUCAUCGGUUCUACUCCGUCCCGCUCAGCUGGAUUUCUGGGAACCACCAGCCCAGGUCCAAUGGCAGAUCUGUAUGGAACAGCCAGUCAGGAGUCGGCUGUCAGCAGCUACCUGAGUGCUGCAAGCCCCGCCCCCAGCACUGGAUUCAGCCACAGUUUGGGGGGCCCUUUGAUCGCUACGGCCUUCACUAAUGGAUAUCACUGAGUGUCAGUGUCUGGACGUCGGCUGUUGUCCCCCCUUUUCCCCCUCCUUCCCCGGCCUCCAGUGUCAACCUGAUUCUCCUGAUGACUAACCAAACUAAACUCCGCCUCCUCCAGAUGACAUCAGAGUAAGUUUUUUUUACCAGGACUGUAAACUUUUAUCACAGAAACAUCCGGACAAACCGUCGAUGCUGACGAUUCACUGUACAUUUUUCUUUUUCUUUUGUGUUUUUUAAUGAUUGCAUGUCUUUAUGUGUUUGCUCCGUGUUCUGUUGGAUUUUUUUUUGUUGGAAUUUUUCACUGUCUCUCCGAGAUGAGAGGAUCACCACCUGCAGGUGAUGAGCUGUAUAUUUGUUUAGCUGUCUCAUAAUAAUAGUUCACUUUGAAUUUUAACACACACAAAAAAAAGUGAUGAAUUCCGUUUCUGGAGAACAGGUACGUUUUUAACAAGGACUCGUUUUACUAAUAACGUUCGGUCGACUCGUUUAGUCACGAGGAGCCGAACGGGUUUGUGAGAUAAUGUAAAUAUGACGUUGUGUCUGGGAGAACUUGACUGUUACUGUCACUCCGACUGUUGCAGGAAGAUUCGACUGUUACUGUCAGUCAGAACUCCGACUGUGUCCUGUUGUCUUAAAAUGUUGAAUUUCUGUAGGACGUAAUGUAGUUAGGAGUGGACACCAGCAGAGGGCGACAGUCUUACUUACUACGGAUCCUACCCUACCCAUAAUUCCCAGUGUGCAUCAGUCCGUUCUGGUUGGUGACGUGUCGUGGUGUCAAGCUCUCGCCGUCCAUCUGACAGGUUAGAAUUUUUCCCCGAGCUGGACACAGUCGGGUAGCAUGAACCGAUGAUUGAGCCAACUGUGAUGACAGCCAAUGGAAAAACAACGAGAGGCUGGGACACAGGAAGUAGAGUCAGAAGACAGCAGGAAGUGAAAGAAUAUCAGAACAAGGACGGUAUGAAGUGGGAGGGAGAGAGGAGACGGGGGAGAGGGGGGAGGAGGAGGAGCAGGGUCUGUGGACUGUUGGAUGAAGGUCAGAGGUCAGAGGUGGAUGUCUUCAUUUGUCUUUAGGCUUUGCCCGAUCCUGAAGUCUGUAAUGAUGAUGAUAAAGAUGAUGAUCGUCAUCGUCAGUCUUUUCAGUUGCACUAGUGUUGUCUGCUCUUCAUCACCGACACCGUCACUGUCUGUGAUGCACUGCUGACCCCUAGCUGACCUUCCCGCCAUGUCGGAUCAAAUUUUUUUUUUAUUUGCCACUGAAGACAAACAAAAAAAACCAACCCUUUUUUGGGUUCAAAAUGUUAACUUUAGGCCACCUAGUGGUCUUCAAAAGAAAGGCGCGAUAACGACACCAUGUGACGUUACCACUAAAAUGUCGCUCCAUGCUAAUAGCGUAGCUCGGAUUCUGCGUACAAACACACUGAUUUAGCUUCUUCCUGGAAGUGUUUAACUGCUGUCAGAGCUGAAGGCCUGGUACGUCCAGCCAGGUCAAAGGUCACGUCUGGAACACUUGACUUUGUUGGAUGUUAAAGAGGAGACGCUGUUGUUUUUUUUUAUUCUACUGCCGUUCUGACCGUUUUACUUCAUCUUGUUGUUGUAACUGUGAUUUUAAUGUUUGUGCUUUUAUUGUGAAGAGAAAAUGAAGGAUGGGUCAGUGCGCAUGCGCACGUGUGUUACGUACUGUCACCAUGAAGGUUGUUCGGGGCCUGGGCUGUUACUUCUUACUGGAGGUUUAGUUAAUGGUCACAUCUCAAUGGCUCCCUCAAGAUGUAGGUACCAUGUCGUCCUGCAGGGGGCAGGGGCGCUCCAAGCAGCUUACCCUUUGGAUCUUGCUGUAUGUUUUUUUAACUAGUUAAUCUGAUUAAAUCAACACGACAGAGAAGAGUCCUGUUCACUGAAGGAACUGAUUAUUAACAAGAGGAAUGUUCUAGAUCUCUCUAAAGUUCGAACCUAAAUCUGUAAAAAGUGACAGCCCUAACUGGCGCCUGAUUGAAAAUGUGAAGUUUGAAUCGGAAUUUUAUUUUAUUUUUUUUAAUUUUUAUGAUGGUACUACAUGAACAUCUGUGUCAAAGUUUGGACGAUUACUGUAAAGCACUCUGGGACAGUGUGUGUGUGUGGGGGGCGGGGUCUUCUUCACGUCCAUCACUCACCUGUCACUCAAGGUCACUUUUUGUAGUAGUGUGAUGAAUAUGUUUAGACCAAAACGACCACGUUCGGACGACGAUGUUGCACAGUCCAUUCUAAACACGAGAAAUAUGU